AUGAGUCCACAACAGCCUGUACAGGAUCCACCAAGGGAUAAGACCCGUGAGCAAAUCGGUCUGCUGACGAGGACGCUGGCACCAACUCCGACCAUUCGUUCUAUAAUCCCAGCGCGGAUCCGAUCACCAGCCAAAGACGAUUAUAUCUGCAUAGGCAGAGAUUUCAUUCAACUGUUCGAGAUCGAAGCGGGAGCCCACAUCAUCCAUAUCGCGACAAAGAGCGAUUUCGAUGGCGAGAUCGGUUCAGCCAAUGUUGUCGGUCGUUUCGACCCGUACGAGAGCGAUCUCAGAGAAUACACUGAUGACACGGAUGACUGCAGCAAUUCCUCUGGAAGUCCCAUGGGUCCACAGAUGUUGGCCUUCACCUUAAUUGGCACCGCACAGCUGUUCUUUCUUACAGCUUCAGAGGCUGAGGACAGUGAAGAUAUAUUCAAGGUGUUGUGCGUACCUAUGCCUACGUUCGUCAGUCCUCCGCGAGUACACGGUAACGCCAUAGCGGUGGAUCCGAGUUCUCGAGCUCUAGCUGUGGCAAUCGGCGAGCACAAGGUCUUUGUGUGUUAUGUAAACGAACCAGAAUCACUGAGCUUCGGGCAACAAAGUUGGGAUGAUGGAUUCGUCCCAGUCUCUAGCUCUCAAACCAUCAAAAAUGUGCCUGGCACUAUCCUGCUAAUGGACUUCCUAUAUCCACCGAGACACGAUCCAGAUCGGUUGAUUCUUCUCAUGAUUGUCUUGCAUGAUGGCAUCAUCAGGCCGGUAUGGGUCGAGUGGUCAGCGUCUGACGAGGUCAAGAGCGCGGAAAUCAGCCAGGGUCACAGAAUCUUCUUGUCGGGUGAAAUACCUAACCUCUUGAUACCUCUGAAAGGAAACGCAGCCUUUGUACUCACCACUGGAAAAGGCAUCAGAAUCUUUGAGAACAUCUUGAUCACAUCAUGCCGCACAACUGGUUUAGUUGUCCAGAGGGAGAAUCCACCAGAACAUUAUCCGCCAUCUUCAUUCAAUUCGCUCUGGUCUUGCUGGGUACGGCCAAGAAGAUGGGGGGAAUACGAGGAAGAGGACUAUAUCUACCUGAUUUCAGAGGACGGCCAUGUCUAUUAUCUGGUCUUUGAUCAGGAUGCGCCUGGCGAAGGUGUCGUUAUCAACCAUGUUGGAAGCUUGGAAUGUCACGUAGACAUGGCUUGUGCACCGUUCGGGAGAUCGGACCAAGGAGAUGUCCUGGUUGUUCAGGGUGCAUCAAGUGCAGGUUGCGUCUGGAUAACAGAGUGUCGACAAGCUCCUUCCUCCGACUCAGAGCCUAAUGGCGGAAUGCAUGGCUUCAUCACUGCUUCCUUGCCGAAUUGGUCAGAGAACCUAGACCUGGUAGCAAAGCCUACUUCCCGCAAGAGAUUACCACUAUAUUCGAGGGAUACCCUGUUUGUGCCUAGCGGUCGACAACCUUACGGUCAUAUCACAGAAAUACGCAUGGGUCUUGAGGCUCGUAUCGGCGCUCGUGUCGAAGGACAUGCUUCGUUCAGUGUCGUUUCACAUGCGUGGGUGCUUCCCGUUCCAGAGAAGAAUCAGUUCUUCAUAGUUCUAUCUAGUCCUGGACAAACCCAUGUUCUGUCGAUACCGCAGUCCCCGGAGGGUGACGACUUUCAUGACUUGCAAGCCAUGAGUACUGUGGGUCUCGAUCUGCAGCAUUCGACGCUUGCUGUGGCCAUGAUAACAGACAAUUGUGUUCUUCAGAUCACAGAGUCUGCGAUCGCGUUCAGUCGCAAUGCUGGAGCCAGUCUGCUUAUGGAACAGUGGCCUACUGGGCAUAAAGCUGUCGCUGCAGCGGUCGAAACUAACAUCUCCUGUGCAGUCGUUGCAUUGCGGGUCAACGGAAGGUCAGAAAUACGAACACUCAUAGUGGGUGACGUCGGUGACGAGACGGUAUCAAUGACAGAGCUCGGUAAGCCGAUACAAACAGAAGGCGAAGUCAUAUCCUUGGCCAUUCACUCGACUCAAAGGUUUACCUUCGUUGUCGCUGGUAACUCAAAUGGAACACUGUAUGUCUUUAGAGUCUCUCCGAGAAAUGGACUUGAGCCUUAUCUGGAGCAUGAGAUUCCUCAAAAUCCCGACCACUUGGAUGAUCUGGAGGCUCUGAAUGCCUGCGAGGACAUCCUUGUCCUCGGGGAUCAAACAAAUCUGGAAGAGCCUGUCGAUCUGGUGGUACUCUGUGGCUUGCGAGGUGGAUCCAUCUAUGCUCUCGAGCUUCAAGUUGGCCUCGAUUUCUCACUACAGACUCAGUCGCAACGACACUUUAGCCUUGGUUUGACAACGGUCAAUCUCAACUUCGGGAAGAGUGCCUUGUCUGCGUUUGCAACUUGCGGCGAUGGAUUUUUCAACAUCAACAUGGAUGCCGCUAAACUGGACGCCAUAACGAUCUCCGAUGUGUACCUUACGGACAGUCCACGUCAUUUCCAGCAAGAUCCAGUCGCGGCUAUGACAAUGGUGCCAUAUGUUGAGACAUCGACUCUAUCCGAGGCCCUCCUUGUUAUCUCAGGAGACUGCUGCUUCGUCACAGCUGUAUCGGAGAGGCAAGGAAUCGUUCCCGGCAACAGCAAGGUUCAUGGAUCUCCUCAUACACUGGUUGAUCUCAAGUCGUUGAAUCGCUUCGUCAGUGCAUCUUCGUAUGUAUGGAAACGUUCGUCGACGACCAGGGCUGUAAAGGAUAUAGUUCAGUUCAGCUCGGGCGAUUGGAAUUGCUCCUGGGAGACGGACAUCGGUUGGAAGGUUCACUCGAUGAUCGAAUGGUCUUUCAGACGGACACCUGACGCUACACAACGACACGUCUUGGUCGCAGUUGCCGUUGGCCGAGCUACCCGACUUGGCGAGGCUGCUUCUUCCAAGUCCACGAACGGGAAAAUGUACCUGCUUCGUCCCCCAGCUGUGGGUGGAAAGGCUGAUAAGUGUGUUCUGCAUGUCAAAGAAUUCGAGACUCCAGUGACAGCAAUGGCAACUUACGGCGAAACGGGUCUUGUAUGGUGCUCUGGGAAAAAGGUGUACUUCUCCGAGUAUGACAUUGAAACAUCAAAAUUCAACGAAGUUUGCGACUUUGUCAUGCAUAGUCCUGGUAUACGCGUGACUACCGCACCGCCACACAUACAUAUCACCACCGAACGCGACUCGACACUCACACUCCAGCUGGUAUACAGUCCGAACGAGCCUAGCUCGGGGAUGUUGCGCAAUGUCGCCAGGGGAGAUGGGGCAAGACAGUCGAUCAGCCACACAACCAUCGACAUCCCACACGGCGAUCAUGCAACAAUGAGUUUUAACUUGACCAGCACGCUAAGUGGAGACUUGGUAGGCUUGAGGAUCCCAGAUCCCAGCCUGCCUCCUAGGGUUGCUACUCAUGACACUCUUUUCACAGCAAAUCUCUUCCGCUCCGUCAUGCGCAUCGUGGAGGCCAAAGUACGCCCACCAUGGAAGCCUGUAAGGAGAACCCCUAGCGUACUCAAGGACGAUCUCGUAGGCAUCACUCUAGACGGCACAGUCUAUGGAUUCGCAAUUCUCGACGAAAAGACCACGAACCGCCUACGAUGGGUGCAGAGGCUAUGCCAGCGCAAUCCUGAUAUCAGUCCCUUUACCUACACCAGACCACCCACGUUCUCGCAGAAUGGCUCGAUCCAAGCGGUACCAGUCGUACUACCGCCGCCUGGCUUCGAGACCUCGUCUGACAAUACUCGGAGGCCCAAGAGACACAGGCCAAGUGACAUGCAUGUCAACGGCGACUUUUUGGUGCGCUUGUUGGCAAAGGAUGGCGUACAGUUGCUCAACUCGAUCCUUGACACCGAGGCCACGAAAGAGGUUCAUGAUCCCAUCUCAAGUUGGGUUCGUGACAACUUGGAGGCGCAGAAGGCAGAGGUCGAGAAUCUUAUUGCAGAGGCCACGGCUGCUGUUGAUCGAUGGUGGUGA